AUGUGGAUUUUGGAGUUGCGCGUAUCAGGACAUGAAACGAAACAAAAGAAAUCGAAAUGGUUUACUGUCGGCUCAGCAUGGGAAGAGGAGGGAACUUUUUUUAUUCUUUUACAGUACGGCCAAAGUGCGUUACCAUCGAACAAUAAUACCUGGGUCGGAGGCAAGAAUGUGGAGAGAAUGACAAGCCGAGGAAACUUUCUUGAUUCUUUUAUGAGUGCGGUGGAUGAUCUAACACUUCUCUUUUAA